UUAUGGUGAUCAAAUUUGGAAGAAGUCAACAAUAUGAAAUGUCAUACUAAAAUAUGUUCAGUUAUUUUUUGAUGAAUAGGAUCUUCCUAUGUUUCAGAAUUGCGCAAAUAUUUUCGCGGGCCUGACUGCAUAUUGUGGCGGGCCGGACUUUGCCGACCGCUACCGACCGCUUUAUUGGUUUAAUUUUUACACGAUCAUCGUUCAUAUCGAUUUUUCCUUUCCGUCGACCCUUACAAAUCUGACCCCCCCCCCCCCCUUCCAUGACUUCGUCCAGUCCACAAUUUUGACUGUGGCCCCAAAAGUUAGCCGGGGCACGAGUUCUUAGUUUUUGCGUGAUAACACAGACACAGGCCAAAUUAAAAGCGCACACAUCGACGUCGGAAUCGAUUCUCGAAUGAAACCUCAACAGAUAAAAAGAGCGUGGUUGGUGUCAGCCAAUUUUUCUUGCUAAUUUUUCUUGAGGCAGCUGUUGUAACGGAUUAUCGCUUUAGCCAGCGGUCUAAAGGCCGGGCUACAUUGAUCGUACUCGCAAGCGUAAUUUUUAUAUUCACUAGCGCAUCUGGCGGCGACCAGCGCAAGCUAGAUGUGGGUAUAAUUUAAGUGCCAAAAUUAUUCAUGCUUGGUGUCUCAUCAAUUUUCGACCAGGCUGUCUGUAUGCCGUUUGACAUGUUGAUCAAAAUCAAUAAAUUGCUACAGGUCAGGACGCCGAGUACUGCGGGGCAAAUCGUCAUUUGACAGUUGGGUGCCUAAGCUUCAUACAAAGCGCACGACAACAUUCCUUCCCAUCUGCCAAACUCCAUCCAUCAUGGCUUCCACAGCCAAAUCUUCCACAUAUAAUUGUAGUCAAUGUUAUCACCUUGAUCGUAGCAGUGUGCAUUGUUUAUUGUUUGAAUCGUUUGCCGGCCGGUGUUUAGUAGAAGUGAAAAUGUUGGUGGUUCUCGAUUUUUUGGAAAAAUGAGCGAGCCAGAGCUUGAAAAUGACAACAACGAAGUCCGGGAUCGUUCCCGAUCUCGUUCCCGUAGUCCGCAUGCACGUCGUUUGUGGGUUCAAGACUUAUUCCUGAACCGAAACGAAACCGGCAACCGGCUACUGACCGACAUCACGACAUCGGGUAUAUACGAGACGAUGAACCGAUUUUUAAGGAUGAAGAAGGAAGAUUUCUUCCAUUUACUGUCCCUUGUUGGUCCAAAAAUUGCGAAAAUGGACACAGAUUUCCGCAAAGCAAUCACGGAACAGGAAAGGCUGCUGAUAACAUUGCGUUAUCUUGCGACUGGAGAGACAUUUACCAGCCUCCAAUACGUGUUCCGGGUGUCGAGGCAUUCUAUCAGCAGAAUAGUUAAAGAGACGUGCGCAUGUCUUAUCGAGGCUUUGCGGGAUUAUGUCAAGCUACCCUCUACCGAAGAAGAAUGGCUUGCAAUCUCAAGACGAUUUGAGCAGCGCUGGAGAUUUCCUCACGCAAUAGGUGCAAUCGAUGGGAAGCACGUUGAAAUUAUUUGCCCUCGUAAUAGCGGAUCCGAAUAUCACAACUAUCAAAAAUUUUUUAGUAUUGUAUUAAUGGUUGUGGUCGAUGCUGAUUAUAACUUUUUAUGGGCAGAUGCUGGUGGUAAGGGAGGAAUAUCGGACGGUGGAAUAUUUAAAAACACACGGCUGUAUCACAAGCUAGAAAACGACCAACUAAACAUUCCACCAGCAACGCCAUUGCAGGUCCCGUACCAAACCCCAGUCCCAUACUUUAUUCUCGGUGACAAGGCAUUUGCCUUUACCAAUUACUGCUUAAGACCGUACAGCGGGGUGCAUCCUCCUGAUUCAAUGGAGCGUACAUUCAACAAAAUGCACUCUACUUGUCGUAUGCCAGUUGAAAAUUCGCUUGGAAUAUUAGCGAAUCGAUGGAGAGUGCUCAAAGGCAUACAACUGCAGCCGGAUGUUGCCAAAAACAUUGUUUUGACAACAGUUUACUUGCACAAUUUUUUGCGCAAGCAUGCUUCGCGGGACACAUACACACCCCCGUCUGCAUUUGAUAGGGUUGUUCGCGGGCGACGAGUCGAUGGAGAUUGGAGAAGUGAAGGGGGCUUGACCGAUCUCCAAAACAUUGCUUCCCGACCUUCAGAAAAUCUUGCUGACAUAAGGAACCACAUUGCAAACCAUUUAAAACAUAAUCGUUCUACGUAAAUCCAUCCAACCAAUACCAUGGAUAUUAAAAUUAAUAAUAAAUUAUGAAAUCGCAAACACAA